UAAACCAAGAUUUGGUUGGAGCGUCAUGGCCGACCUGUCUGAUCCUGAUUUAGGAGCAGCAUAUUACAGGUCUAGCGACCCUGUCAAAAACUUAAAGAUACGUGUAAAGUUGAGUAGGAUAUCUUCAUCAAACAUUGUGCCACAUAGCAAUUUAGAGCAAGAUGGCUCAAAUCUGGAGAUGCAGAAGGUGCAGGAGAGCUUGCAGGACAUUGAAGAAAGGGUGUUUGAUUGGCAGCAGAAAGAAUUCAGCAAGCACGAAGUGGAUUUGUACCAAAACAUUGCAAAUUGUACAACCCAGCUAGAGAAGGACUACAAUGCCAAAGUAACAGAAAUAUUAAACAAAGGUCCACAAAACAACAGAUUGUUCACAUAUGUAGACCAUGACAAGUUUUCGCAACAGGAUGAAGCUGUAUUUUUCAUGACAAAUUCACCAAAGGAAACGCCUACAAUCCUUGCUGACAAAAUGGCACAUCUACGCAGGCGAAAAAUUGGUGGUGGCAAAAAACCAAGAGAUAGAGGUAGUGCAUUUGUUCCCAAAUUUAACAUUGUGGAAGAGGUUCCAUCUGAAGAGCUCAGAAACAAAAACCACAUCAUGGCAGCCCCAGCACAAGUCAUGUAUAUCAUGGCAGACCUUGGUCCCAAGGACAGGCCUUUUGAGGAGGGAGAUGAAGUGGUUUUGUGUUCUCUACAGCUGGAUGCUAAUGGUGUCCUCUGCAUCCGACCAGAUUUCAACAGAGGAAGGAAACCUUAUGUUGCUGAGACUGCCAGUCUGGGAAGAGAGGUUUUUGAAUACACGAUUGAACACGAUUCCAAAGUAAUGAGUAGACAGGAACAGGACAAAGAGAUCAAAAUGUACAGAGAAGUAUACGGUCGUCAUAAAGACUUCCUGUCUGCCUGUGUGGGACAUGAAUUUGAACUUCCACCUCCAGAAGUGUUGAGGCUUUUGGUCUGUGGAGAAAUAGAGAAAGCCAAGAAUUUUGAAUAUGAUGAUCUUUAUAUUCACUUCUUUGUUGAUAUUCCGAAAAACUGGAAGGUAGAUCGACAUCAACAAUUAUCCUGGGUUACUCAGACAUGUGCCACUAAAGUGGAAGGCAGGGAUAAUGUAGCACAUUUCAGUUUUCCAUUUGAGUUUGACAUGUUUUAUAAAGAUGAAAGUUACAGUGAUGAAAACAAAGAUCCCUUUCCUCACUUUCCAUUCAUCCUGAUGGAGGUGUUGUCCUUGGAUUCCUGGAAUCGAUUUAGAACAGAAGGCUACACUUAUGUAGCCAUUCCACCUCGUCCUGGAGUGUACAAGGAGACUGUCCACUGCUGGCGCCCCCUGGGGACAUCAUUUGUGUCGGAGAUGAGGAGGUUUUUCAUUGGUGGAACUCCGGAGUUGGAGGAUUCCACUUACACUGCAAUUCCCUCCACAUUUGAUGGACCUUAUUUAAGCAAGUAUGGAUUUCGUACAGAAACAACAGGGAGUGUGGACAUAAAAUUCAAUGUGAUAAUGCAGUCUAGGUCCUUUUUGGAGAAGAAAGCCAGUAAGAAGUCUCUAGGUUCUCUAUUGGAUACUCUUGGAAUCAAUACAGUGCAGCAAAACAUACAGUCAGUUUUGGAUGCUUUCAAGAAAGCACGACAUAGGAUGGUGAUUGCAAGGGAAAAUGCCACCAGGGAGUUACUGAAGGACUCUAAACACAAAGACGAUUUGUUUUCACGGACCAACAGAUGAAUUAAUGUACUUGCCAGCAAUUUGUAACCAAGCAUUGAAAUCAUAUCUUUGAAGAUGGAGAUAGUCUAAAUGAAACCACUGCAUGGUGUAGUAGGUGGGAACAUGUAGUUCAACAGAGAGAUUAUAUGGUAAUGUAGCUCUACUGUUGUUGUGCCAAGAAUGGUCGACUGAACGCGAGGGAUUCCACAACAUUGUGUGGGGAAUGUACAGUACUCUGAAUGACUUUAUUUAUAUGCAUUGUAAAUAUUCUAUUGUUUCCAUAGUUGAUGUUGAAUAAAUUACAAUCCGUCCAUGUACAAAAUCAA